AUGGACGGUGUACGCGCGCUGGACAUAUUGCCGCUGCUGAAUGAACGGUUCGCGCUGCUGUCCGGCGGUCGGGACAAUCGGGGUGGCCCGAUCAUCUGCUUCCCGGCCACGACAAAGCGCGAACGGAUCAAACCGGAAGACAUCAAGCGGGUCGUGAGCUACUUCAUCAACAUACCGAGCGAUGAAAGCAAAAGUCACGGUUUUACCAUCAUCGUGGAUAUGCGGGGCAAUGGCAAUACGGCGGCAAGCGCCAAGAUGAUACUGAAGGUGCUGCAGGAGAACUUUGGCACCGACGUCAUACACCAGGCGGUCAUCAUCAAGCCGGACAACUUCUGGCACAAGCAGCGCUCGUCGAUCGCGAGCAACAAGUACAAGUUCGAGACGACGACCAUUUCGAUACAGUCGCUCGGCAAGCUGGUCGAACCGUCCCAGCUGACGUCGGACUUUGAAGGUUUCCUGCACUACGAUCACGCGGUAUGGAUCGAUCUGCGCGUCGCGUUCGAAGACUUUCUGUGGCAGGCGAGCGACAUACUCGACCGGAUCGAUGAUCUGCAGGAGGAUCUAACGCACUCGGAGUGUCCGGAGGAUGUGAACGGUGCGAAGCACAGCAUCGAUGCGCAUAACGAGAUGAAGCGAAAGAUAUUGAAGCUCCCGAUCGAGGACCUCGACCUGCAGGGGCAGAAGCUGCUCGGCAAGCUGACGACCUACUCCAACCGGAACGAUGACGGAUGCCAUUCGGCACCAUUGCCCACCAACUGCAUCAAUCCGGAUGUCACAUCUGCAAUGAAUCAGGUACUUCAACAGCUUGAAACGACGCGAAACGCUCAACAGCAGCUCCUGAACUUGUGGCAGCAUCGCAAAACGAAGCUUGACCAGUGCUUCCAGCUCCGGCUGUUCGAGCAGGACUGUGAGAAAAUGUUCGAUUGGAUCCUGCACAACCGGGACGUGUUUCAGGAGACGUACGUCGAGAUCGGGCACAACUACGCGAUUGCCAAAAAUCUGCAGGAAGAGCACCAGCGCUUUGCCAUAACGUCCCGCAACGUGUGUGUUAACAUUAACCGAAUACUAGCGGUUGCCGCCCGGCUGUACGAGGGCAAUCACUACGCCGCCGCCCAUAUACGCACGCUGGCGGCACGGUUGGACAAGACGUGGAAAGAUUUCGUCACCACGCUGGACGAACGGACGGCUGUGUUGACGCUAUCCGUCGUGUUCCACCACAAGGCGGAACAGUACACGGAGAGCGUCAGUAGUUGGGCGGCAGCCUGUGAGGCAACGAUCCCGACACCGACCAACGUGGAAAGCCUGGAAACGGCGAUCGGUACCCACCAGUCGCUGUACGAAGCGAUGUGCCAGGCGUACACGGAGGUGCACUCGACGAGCAAGAAGCUGCUGUAUCAGCUCGACCAUCUGGUGCAGGUUUGCAAUCAGCCACCGAUAGUAAACACGAGGAAAAAUGACAACUCUCAUUUUAACGGUGGCAAUCCGGCGGCGGAUUAUAGCGAAGGUGCGUCGCACGUACUAGCAGUGAUACAUCAAAUACUCGGACACCACCGAGCGCUCGAAAGCAAGUGGCACGCGGGUAAACUACGGCUACAUCAGAAACUCGCGUUACGAUUAUUCCAGGAGGACGUAAAGCAGGUACUGGACUGGCUACAGAAUCACGGUGAUGUGUUUUUGCGAAAGAAUAGAGGCAUCGGCAAGAGCCUGCAGAAAGCGCGCAUUUACCAGACGAGCCACGAACACUUUGAAAAUGUCGCUCAAAACACCUACCGAAACGCUGAGAAGCUGCUGGCUGCAGCGGAGGAGCUCGCACGUUCGGGCGAAGUGUCACCUCAGGAAAUAUUUUCCGUAGCACAGGAGCUCGAAACAAACGUGGCUUCGUUUGCGGAACGGGUGGAGAAGCGGCGAAGGCGACUCGAUCUCGCGGUGGUAUUCUACUCGAACGAGAAGGAAAUAUCCGCCUGGCAGGAACAGUUGCACGCGGAAGUGACGAACGAGGAAUCGCUUGAGCUGGCGAAUGAACAUCUGGAGGGCACGGAGCGUAUGCUGGAGCAAUGCAAAGAGCAGGAAGAAAACACGCUCAAAACGUGCAUGCAAGCGAUCGCGCAAGGCGAAGCACUGCUGCAGGAGCUGCGUGCGAUCGAGGAAGAAGAUAGCUCAGGUUCGCUAACGGCCGUGCAGAAUGCGCUUGAUCGCAUCCAAAAAAAUCGUUUAGAUCUCGAAGGCCUCUGGCAGACGCGUCGGAUGAAGAUCGAUUUGUACUUGCGGUUGCGUAUCUUCGAGCGAGAUGCGCUAGAAGUGUCGUCCCAGCUUGAGAUGUGGUCGGAAGAGUUGCAGCAUACCGAAGUGUCGCGUGAUUUCCAGAAGACGGAACAGUUUCUUCGGUUGCACAACGAAUCGGUCAAUCAGAUGCAAACGACGACCUAUCAGGUGAUCAACCAGGGACACGAGCUGAUGCAGCUGUUCGAAUCAUCCGGCCUGCUGAUCAUGGCAGACGCCAACCACACGGCCCAGACACGGGUGCAGUGUUUGUUGGAAUUUUUGCACGAUCGCGAACUCGAUCUGGAAGAUAUGGCGGAGGCGAAACGCAUCAAGCUGGAACAAUCGAUGCAGCUGUGCCACUUUCAGAACGACGCCAACCAAGUGAUCUCGUGGAUCCGCAAUGGUGAAGCAAUGCUAAUGGCGAACUUUUCGAUACCGAACAACUUCCUCGAGGCGGAACAGCUAAGGAAAGAGCAUGAACAGUUCCAGGUUGCGAUCGAGCGUACGCACACGUCUGCUGUACAGGUGAAGUACCGUGCCGAUGCGCUUAUGAACGCUAACCACUACGAUCCGCAGAGCAUCAAAGACAUUGCGGAAGAUGUGACGAAGAAAUGGCAGAAGCUGGUGACGUGUGCCGAGGAGCGUCACAAACUGGUGACGGCUUCGCAGAACUUUUUCAAAACAGCUGAACAGGUGUGCAGCGUACUCGACAGUCUGGAGAAAGAGUACCGGCGGGAGGAGGACUGGUGUGGUGGCGGUGGUUCGACUGAUAAGGGCCAACAGAUUGUGCAGCUGAUCUCGAAACAUCAGGAACAGAAGGAAGCAUUCCUGAAGGCAUGUACGCUGGCGCGUCGUACUGCGGAAACGUUCCUGAAGUAUGCGAAUCGUUCGCUGCAGUUCUAUCACGUCAACUCAACGACCGUUAACAGUGAGUCGCGUGUGAAAUCGAUUCUGGAGAAGCUGCUGGCACAGGAAACGCAAGUGCUCGAGUAUUGGACGCAGCGUAAGAAGCGGCUCGACCAGUGUCAACAGUUUGUGCUUUUCGAACGGUCUGCCAAACAGGCAAUCGAGUGGAUACACGACACCGGCGAGGCGUACCUGUCGUCGCGCAAAAAUAAACUUUGCUCGAGCCGUGAAGAAUCGGAGCUGCUGCUGCGCGAACACAAUGAGUUCAAGAGCACGGCAAAAGAAACGCGUGAGCGGGUGAAGUUGCUAAUUCAGCUGGCGGAUACGCUAGUGGAGAAGGGGCAUGCACAUGCCAGCUCGAUCAAACAAUGGGUUGCAACGGUCGAUUAUCGGUACAAGGACUUUAGCCAGCGGAUGGAACUCUACCGAUCGAAUCUAGAAAAAUCUCUAGGCCUACCUGGUAUCAUACAGCAACAGGAUGACAAUAACCUUAGCAGUAGCAAUAGCAGUAAUAAUAGUAGUAACAGUAAGUAUCGGCAUUCGGAUCCAUCGUUGGAAACUAAGCUGAACGCCGCGGCAGCUGGCCCCGGAGCGGUAGGAGCGGUGCAGAAGGAAAUAAAUGAAGAGAAGCGCAAAUCGGCACGUAAGAAGGAAUUCAUCAUGGCGGAACUGUUGCAAACCGAACGAACCUACGUGAAGGAUCUGGAAACGUGCAUUAACGUGUUUCUGCGCGAACUAAAAAGCGGCCAGCAGGUGCCCCCCAACUUGCUCGGCAAGGAGCACAUCCUGUUCGCGAACAUCGAGGAUAUCUUUCAGUUUCAUGAAAAAAUCUUCCUGCGCGAGCUGGAAAAGUACGAAACAAUGCCCGAGGACGUCGGGCAUUGCUUUGUGACGUGGGCCACAAAGUUCGACAUGUACGUGCACUACUGUCAGAACAAACCGCAGUCGAUGGAUUACAUGGUGCAGCACGGUGGUACGUACUUCGAGGAAGUGCAGCGGAAACACAAGCUCGAACAUUCGCUACCGGCGUACCUGAUCAAGCCGGUGCAACGCAUCACCAAGUACCAGCUGUUGCUCAAGGACUUGCAGUCCUGCUGUGACGAGGGCCUGGGUGAAAUCAAAGAUGGGCUGGAGGUGAUGUUGAACGUGCCGAAGAAAGCGAACGAUGUAAUGCACCUGUCGCUGCUGGAGCAGUGCGACAUGCCGAUCCAGAAUUUGGGCGAUGUGGUGCUGCAGGACUCGUUCCUCGUGUGGGACACCAAGCAAAUAUUGAUCAAGAAGGGGCGCGAGCGACACGUGUUUCUGUUCGAACUGUACAUUCUCUUCUCGAAGGAGGUCAAAGACACCAAUGGUACUGUGAAGUACAUCUAUAAAAACAAAUUGCUAACAUCUGAUUUCGGCGUAACGGAGCACAUCGAAGGGGAUGAGUGCAAAUUUGCCAUCUGGACCGGGCGUGCUCCAAUUCUGUCCGACUAUCGCAUCGUGCUGAAGGCAAACAGUCUCGAAACGAAGCAGCUGUGGGUGAAGCGAAUGCGCGAGGUCAUGCAGGAGACGUACUUCUCGGGCACUUCGUUCUCGCUGCUCAAAUCACCGGCCAAGGUCAGCGGCAAAAACCUGGGCCAACGGCUAUCGAAGGACAUAGAUGAUACGCUGAACGAUAACGACCAGGACGGAAGCUCCCUGGCAAGCUUCGGUUCCGGCAACACGACCGACAGUGAGAAGGUAGCGGGUAACGCGGAGAUGACAUGGGUCAUAGCGGACCAUACGGCAACACCGGGCUCGUCCGAGCUGAGCGUCAGCAAAGGUCAGCAGGUCGAAAUUGUCGACAUGCACUGUUCGGGCGCACCCGAUUUCUGCCUGGUGCGUCUGUCGAUCAAUGCGUCCGACAGCCAGGAGGGACUGGUACCGGUGACCGUCCUCAAACCGUUGCCAUCCUCCCAUAGCAAAUUGAACAAUAAACAGCGCGACACGGACACCCUGGGAGAAGUGCCGCAGGAAAAUGAUUGCAUACUACCGAACCAGCAUACGUCGCCCGUCAACAAACGGAAAGGCUUCAGCGGGAAAAAAUGGCUACCGACGCAGUUCCGCAAACUCUCGCACGGCAAAUCGGAUAAGCUACCUCCGGUGGAGAAGUCUCUCAUCAGCAAGAAGGGCUCCGAUAAGAAGGUUAAGCCUAAUCAACAGGAAAAGCCACCGGAAGAGCAGGAAUCGUCGACGGUCGCUUCGGUGCAACUGGAGGCUGAAGAUGAGGAAGCCACAGCGAUUGAACUUCCGCCUCCGAUGAAACCGAUUCAGGAUACCGCAUCCGCCUUAAGCGGCGCUACCGUUGCGCCCUCAUCAUCCGAGGAUGCGACCGGUACCGCAAACAAGAUCACGAAGGCACUAUCGCUGAAAUCCCUGGAAGAACCGUCCAGUGCGCAGCCACCGGCGGACCUGGCCGAGAUCGAGCAGUUCGUGAAGCAGAAGGUGGAGAGUUUGAAGUAUCUGGAAAAUGACGGUACCAACAGCAGCAGCAGCUCGGCGAUGGCGAUAGGGCUCGUCGGUGGUGAUGGAAGCAGCAGCUCGUCGACGACGAUGGCCCUGAACGGUGGGCACACGAUCGCGAAACCUGCCAUUUCGCCACAGUUCUCCGAGAAUGAAGCGGCGGAUGAGAAUCUAACCGAGGAGCAGGGUAUCGAAGAUAUACUGCGCAAGCGGAACUAUGCGCUACGGGAACUUAUCACCACCGAAGAAGCGUACGUGAAUGAUCUUCAUCAGAUCGUCAAUGGAUACAUUGCGGAAAUUCGAAACCCCUCCAGCACGGUACCGAUCCCGGAGGACCUGAAGGGUGGCAAGGAACGGAUGGUGUUUGGAAACGUUGAAGCAAUAUACGAGUGGCACAGAGAUCAUUUCCUCAAAUCAUUGCAAAAGUGUCUACAGAACCCGUACGAACUCGGUCCACUUAUUAAACGUAGCGAGCGAAAGCUGCACAUGUACGUCGUCUACUGUCAAAACAAACCUGUCUCGGAGCACAUUGUGCAGGAGCAUAUGAGUUACUUCGAUGAAUUACGCUUAAAAUUAAAGUAUAAACUAUGUUUAGGAGAUAUGCUCAUCAAACCAGUCCAAAGAAUAAUGAAGUACGAGUUACUGUUGAAAGAUAUCCUGAAGCAUACUCUGCGGGCCGGUCUCACUGAGGAGGUACCAGGAUUGAAGGAAGCGAUGCAUAUAAUGCAAGUAGUUCCUAAGGCUGCCAACGAUAUGAUGGACGUUGGUCGGUUACAAAAGUUUGAGGGUAAAAUAACGACACAGGGCAAACUGCUGCUGCAUGGCCCGCUGUAUUGUGUCGAGGGUGCCUCGAGUAGUGAUAAGAACUCGUACAACUCCCAGAAACCGAAGGAACUGCACGUGUUUCUGUUCGAGCAGAACAUAAUUUUUGCUGAAAUUGUCGGCAAGAAAACACAAUUCACCAGUCCAAACUACAUCUACAAGGCGCACAUACAGGUGAACAAGAUGACACUACAGGAUCUGUCCGAUCAGACAAAUGGCAACCGGUUCUCGCUUUGCUCAAUCGACCCACAACGUUCCAGUCUUAGCUAUAUCUGCACCGCCCCGACACCGGAGCUGCACAACGAGUGGCUCAACACGAUACACGAGAUACUGAAAACGCAGAACGAUUUCCUAAAAGCGCUCGUAAGUCCGAUCGCUUAUCAAAAGGAACUGACGAAGGAUUCUUAAGGACGCAACAAACCACACGCGUCUGCGGUGGUAUGGUAGGCACAUGUUUUACCACUUUGUUUACGUCCAACGGAGUUGCAUACUGUACGGUUCUGUACCAGGUACAAUGCCGUUUUCAUUUUACUGCGAUUCGGAAAUCGAACAUUAGUGAAAAACACUCCUGGAUCAUUACGAGUAUUAUUUAUUUUACUGCAUUUGUGCAUUCGUUUGCACGGAUGAGGAUCACACGGCGGCAGCAUUUUGUAUUUUUUUGCAAAAAGUAAAAAAACAAAUCUAUUGAAUUAUUUAUACACGCGAAGUCACACAUCACGCCACGGGAUAACAGCAGAAGCUAAUAAUGCAGCAAAUUGAAUUUGCCUAGGAACAGGUGCAUCACACGUUAAGCUAAGGCAGGAAAACAAACUAUUCAAAAGUAUCACGGUAUAGAAUAUAAAAACCAACCUCGGUCGGUAUAGUUCACCGAAAUCCAAUUUGCUAAGAACAAAUACAUGCGAGAAUCCAUCGGACCGAACAAAUUCAUGGUUUUCGUUCAGCAACAAACUGUGCUGGACGUUCCUCGUGAAAAGUGAUGGAAUAAAGCAAACUACUCUAAACAAACGUGCACGUUCAUCUUUCGCGCUUGGUGCCACACCGAAACUCAACAAACAAACACACGAAUCAAAUGAAUAGAGAUUGGCUAAUGUGCUAUGUUAACAAACAGAUACCAAUACCAAACUUACUCGUUAAAUUCAGCGAAUGAAUGCGAUUAUGAUAGACAAAUGGACGCAAAGAGGAACGCAAAGUGACGCGUUAGCCGCACUGGCACAAUAUUAUAUCCUUAGCGCAUUGGUCACCAAUAGUAAAACAAAGAAUAUCAAGCAGAAUGCAACAAACAGACAACUUAUUCGUGAGAACAAAAAGGGAUGAGAACGCAGAUGAGAAGCGAAUCGAGUUCGAGCAAUCGGAGCAGCAUUAAAGUAACAACACAGUAAUAUUAGAAUAGCAAAAAAAUAUCGAUUACUUACAAAAAAAGAUACAAAACAAACAAAGCAAAGUAUAUAUUUUAUGAAUAUGAUUAUUAAAAGAAUAUCCCACAUUGAGAGGAGGAUAACAAAUGGCAAAUCAAUCGCAAACCAGUAGUAAAGCGAAAACAAGAAACAAAAUGAGAACAACAAAAAAAACGGAAGGAAGCAAUGUAACAUCACAGUUAGAAGGAACAAAGUGACAAAGCUGAUCGAAAAAGGAAGAA